AUGACCUUUGAUGGAUAUAUAGGCUACACACCUUCGUGCAGUUUUGGCUACCCUACUAAAUCCACCGUAGUAAGCACCAGUAUUGUUACCAAAACUGUGCCAAUACCACCACAAACUGUCACUCGUUUGAGUACUUCCGUCAUCAUCGAAACUGUUCCCGUAUACAACACUAUAACAAGUACCAGUAUCUUCACCAAACCUGCUCCACCACCAAAGACGAUUAUCCAGACCGUCCCUUUACGUCCAGAGACAUCCGUAGUAGUUAGUACUGUAAUUAAAACCACUCCAGUGUACAAAACUACUAAAAGUACUGUAACAACCACUCUACCACCAGUUACGCUUCCACCCCAAGUGUCCACGAAGAUCGUUACUAUUCCCCCCGUAACUAGAACUCAGACAACCACAUAUACCACGACUAAACCCGUCGUAUCCAGAGUUACAGAAUAUAAACCUGUACCUGGACCAGCCGUUACUCUUCCCCCACAGGUGGUGACUACAAUUCAGACCUUACCACCGGUAGUACGUACCAGCAUUUCAUUCAUUACCACUACUACUCCUGUCAUCGAAUACCGCACUGUCACUCCUUCUGUAUCGACGCGUACACUGCCUCCGUUGACUGUUCUCGAAACCAAGACCUUACCUCCCGUAACUAUCACAUCUAUUUCCAUCAUCCCAACCCCUAGUCCCGUAUACCGUACCAUCACUCAAACUACCACUACCACUCAACCACCCCCACCGCCAGUUACUUCAUACUCUACCACAAUCGUUACUAAAGCACCAGAGACACGAACCGAAAAACUGACUAGCACUUCAACCAAAAUUGAAACUAAGAUUAUAACGAGUACUAUAACUAAGACAGUGACCACUCCCGUUCCCCAAUUCAUUACCACAACGAUCCCAAUACCUCCAGUUACCAUCACUGUCUGUCAACCAACGAAUGCCUAUCUGCCGGUGAAAACACCUGAAACUUCCUACCUGCCGCAACUUGCCACCUAUGACGAUCAACCACGGUACAACGAUGUCUUUCCGUAUGACGGUGGAAAGUAAAUGCUACCCAAAU